CUGGUACUGUCAUACUAUAAAAAGUUACUACGAAAUUAUACGCUUUUCUUUUAUAAUGACGUUGUGCAACCUAACCUAACUUAAGCUUGCAAGUUGUGCGUUCAUGAGGAAGAACACUUGCUUAUGCAAAGAUAACACCAGAUAUUCUGCUCUCAUUGUGAGCAUUUUUAGGGCAGAUGUUAUGGCACUCUUUGCAUCGGAAAGAGGUCUUCCUGUUCUGAUAUAUAGAUGUAUAAAUGAUUGUUGUGCUAAGUGUAGGCGAAUGUUGAAGUGUUAGAGAUAAGCCAUAUGAUGAUAUGGAGAAGGAGAAUGAGUGUUUCCAAGAAGAUCUACGUUCUACACAGCGACGCUUACUCAAAGCAAGCCGCGAUCGAAGCUUCCUAUUAGACCGACUGUUGCAGUAUGAGAAGGUUGAUGUGUCAUCAAGUGAAAGUGAAGAAACAGAAUCUUCGGAUGAGGGUGAGACAAGCCGUCCUGACACUGCAAAAAGGAAGAAACCUGACAGUGGAGUGAACAGUCAUGUAACAAUAACCCAGCCAUCCGGAUCAACACCAAAAAUGCAGUCUUCAAUUAAGAAGAAACGGCCACCACCAAAAGCUACAAAGCAGAACAGUGUGCCGCCUUUGCAGGUGGUCGGCAGUGUUCCAGUAUCUCUGCUGUCAGACGGACAUAUGACACCAGAGGAAGUAGAGAGACAUCUUGAGUCAAGACAGACUUACUUGGAACUUGUGCCUGAGAAGGCACCUCCAACAGUUCCAACAGAAAUGUUUAGCAAUGACCCAUCUCUAGACAGUGAAUCUAACGAGGUUUGUGAAUUAGAAACAUCUCCUAGUAAUAUGGGUGAAGACUGCCUAAGUGUGGAUAUGAUUCCUGAGUGAAGAUAUCUUCCUUUGUAACCAUCAGUUUAUGUAGGACUUGAAGUUCUCACAGCAGUGGGUAAGAAGAAUUAUAUCUUCUGGGAUAUAAUGCUCUGUAGCCAAUUGAAAGGCAGAGCUUUGCUUAUUGUUCAGCCCUGAAGAUGGAGGCAAUAUGUACCUCUGAAAAUAUUAGUUGACCUUAAUUGGACUAUACAAAAUUAUAAUCCCAGAAAAUAGAACUCUUCAGAGCUACUGGACAUUAUUAAGCUUGUACAUGAAUUUUUUUCUUUACCAUGCACCUGUUACUGGAAUGAAGGUGUGACUUCUGAAAAGCAUCUGUCUUCAUCAUGGAAGAAAUGUGAAUAGUCCUUUUGCAUUUGUUGUUAAUGCUUCUUGCUGAUACAGAAUUAUCAAAAUUAUGGUGUGAUUUAUGUCACUUCUCAUAUUUAAAAGAACUGUGUGUCUUCACGGUGCUGCAGAACCUUUAAAUAAAUCAUGUAUUUAUACAAAUUA